AAAAGUGCAGUUUCGUUUUGCAGGUUUAGGCCAUGACUCACAACUGUACAGCACCUAAAAAAGCAUUAACAAUUGUACCUUUAAAAAGUAUUGAUUGGAAGCGAUGUAAAAACGGAGUAAUACCACCUGAGGCAGUGGUCGGUGGAACAACAGAGUUCGGCCAACCUUUGUAUAUUGGACGAACAAGGCUACGGGAAAACAACAACGAAUUUACUCCUGGACUUAUUGCCAAGCCAGAUGAGACUUUGCUGGUGUCUUAUGGCACAGGGGUACGCACUACAAAGGAAUUUGACGUCUUAGUUGCAAUUGACCCUCAUAUAACUCACUGGGUGCCUUGUUCAAAAGGCCAUAUACCAGACAACUCUGUGAUAGGAGGCAUUGACUGCUCAUACCUUGAGCCAUUGUACAUAGGACGUACAAGAGGGACUCUAUUGAAUGGUCGGACAUGGAGAGGCCAGAAACUAAAGGAUCCCGUGCUGGGUUCUUGUGGUGACACUGAAGUCCAGAUUCCUGGUAAAGUGCACAGAACGCACAGGUGUCUAUACAUCCCCUACAAAGGGAAGGAGUAUUUGUUUCGUGACUAUGAGGUGCUUGCUCUGAAGGAAAGCCCAGCAAGCCUAUCAAUGUUGUGUAAGAAUGUGAUCAACUCCAGACUAGAGGAGGUGUGUGCUUUACUUGACGACUUCCAAAUUGAAGGCAUGGCGUCAGAUUCAAUUGACAGACUCCCGCUGCCAGAUAAAUUAAAGGAAUAUUGUAAACAACGUGGCGUAGAUGAUUGCGAUUAUUAAUUAGAUGUUUUUCUAUUAAUUUCUGAAGUGAUUUUAAUUUUUUUGUUUGGAGAUCAUUUUGCCUUAUUAUUCUGUACACACGCUGCUACAACUUGGUUACACAAGCUUGUAUGGUUGGUGUAAAGUUGCAAGCAUAAAACUGUAAUUUUUCUUUUAAACACAACAGUGUUCUCUCUAUGUAGAUGUUGCAAACCUUGUGUUGUAAGUAAAGGCUACGUGCCUUUAAGCAGAUUCAUAUAUAUAAAGUGUAAAUUUAACUGGAGUUGCUUUUAAAUUUAAAUUUAUUUUUAUUAGCUUUGCAUCAAAAAUAAUUCUGUCCAACCUGAAAAUACUUCAAACUUUAAUAUGAAUUUUGGAUUAAUGCCCGAAAUUGGUGCAGCUAUUUCUCACAGACUGUUAAAGUGUUGCCAACCACUGCACUUAUGUAAUUUGUUUCAGUCUCAUAAAGAAUUAAACUCUUGUAUCAAAACAAAA